GGAAUAGACUUCGGCGCAGGCGCAGUGCCCGCUUUGGCUGCUGUCGCCGCGGCGGAUGGAGCCGCUGCAGAAUGGAAGUGGCAAGCGGCAAGCUGACGAGGAGCCGCCACCCGCCAUGGAGACGGGAAGCGAAGCCGGAGGAUCCCCCGAGGAACGGCGGCGGCGGAUAUCGGCCUCAGGGGGCCGUCGGCGCGGAGGCGGGCCGAGCAAGGCGGAGGCCGCCGCGGGCCGCGAGAAAGAGCGCGUUGGCCCCGCCCCCCGGCCGCGCCUCGAUUCCCUCCGCAAGAGCCGCCCCCCUUUCCCUUGGUUCGGCUUGGACAUCGGCGGGACUUUGGUGAAGCUGGUUUAUUUCGAGCCCAAGGACAUCACCACGGAGGAGGAGGAAGAGGAAGUGGAGAACUUGAAAAGCAUCCGCAAGUACCUGACCUCCAACACGGCCUACGGAGCCACCGGCCUUCGCGACGUCCACUUGGAGCUCAGGGACCUUACGCUGUGUGGACGUAAAGGCAAUCUGCAUUUUGUUCGCUUCCCUACUCACGACAUGCCCGCUUUUAUUCAGAUGGGCAGCGAGAAACAUUUCUCCAGCCUCCACACCACUUUGUGUGCCACUGGAGGCGGAGCGUAUAAAUUUGAGCAGGACUUCCGCAGAAUGGGUGACCUUCAGCUGUGUAAAAUGGACGAGCUGGACUGCCUCAUCAAGGGAGUUCUCUACAUUGAUUCGGUGGGUUUCAACGGACACUCGGAGUGCUACUAUUUUGAGAACCCCACGGAUCCCGAGAAAUGCCAGAAGGUCCCUUUCAACUUGGAGAACCCCUACCCUCUCCUCUUGGUGAACAUCGGCUCCGGGGUCAGCAUCUUGGCGGUCUAUUCCAAAGACAAUUACAAGCGGGUGACGGGAACCAGUCUUGGAGGGGGGACUUUUUUCGGCCUCUGUUGUCUUCUGACCGGCUGCUCCACUUUCGAAGAGGCUCUCGAUAUGGCAUCCCGGGGAGACAGCACCAAAGUGGACAAACUCGUGCGGGAUAUCUACGGAGGGGACUACGAGCGCUUUGGGUUGCCGGGUUGGACCAUUGCAUCCAGUUUUGGAAACAUGAUGAGCAAAGAGAAACGAGACGCGGCUAGUAAGGAGGACCUGGCCCGGGCAGCUUUGAUCACCAUCACCAACAACAUUGGCUCCAUCGCACGGAUGUGCGCGCUGAAUGAGAACAUUAAUAAAGUGGUUUUUGUGGGGAACUUUUUGCGAAUCAACACCAUCUCCAUGAAGUUUCUGGCCUACGCUUUGGACUACUGGUCCAAGGGACAACUGAAGGCUCUUUUCCUGGAACAUGAGGGAUAUUUCGGAGCAGUGGGAGCUCUCCUGGAGCUUUUGGAGUUAUCCUGAACCCCCGAAGAGAGUCGGGCAUAUCCCAGAUUCAACAGGGCAUUUUUACCCCAGAUGGAACCUCUGUGUCCAUUUUCAUUUCAUUUUGUAAAAACAACGGCCUAGUCACAGCGGAAACCAAGGAAUCGUGAACGAUGUCAGCCGUCUUUGCCGAGACGGACAAAUGGAGUUUUUUUUUUGUUCUCGGAGGUAACGGCGGAUGUAGGUUAGCUGGUCAGAACGCUUCUCUGGAUAGGAUAACUGUGUGGAUUGCACAGAUGUUAAAAAGAUUUGCGUUUGCUCCCGCUGGUGUUGAGCCACAAAUCUUUCGGGGGGACUUCGAAAUGGCUGCCAGCGGUCACGUCAUCCAAGGUUUGUGCUCUCCUCAGAAUUAUUUUUAAGGGUUGUUCUGUUUUGUGUGGACUCUUGAAAGGCCGGCUGCCUUUUCCACAGUGGCGUCAAGAAGUGCAGAAUACGGAAACCCAGCUAUGAUAUUAAAUCGGUUUUCUUAAAAA